AUGGCUGCAGGAAUUGCAAUGGGAAUUGCAGUAGCAAGACAACAAGUAUUGCCUGCAGUCAGUGCAGUGAGAGUGGGAGUAAAUCUGAAUCGAAAAAGUGCUAAAUGGUCAAUCUUCAGUCAAUCGGCUUCCUCUUCCUAUUCUUCAUCUUCAUCGUCGGUGCCAAGAACACUCAUAUUAUAUUCCAAGCCUGGAUGCUGUUUGUGCGAUGGCCUCAAAGAAAAGCUUGAUGCUGCAUUCGCUCUUUCUGGCCCAAAUCCCCUCCAUGACGUCCAAUUACAGGUUUUACCUCAACUACAAUCCAUUUUUUGA